AGCGAGAGCGUGCGUGCGUGCGUGCGUGCGUGCGGGCGAGCGGGCGGGCGGGCACACCGACGGCGCACAGAAAACGUCUUGGGGCAUCGCGGCACGCGGGUCCUCACAGUCAGGCUGUGACCGCGGCGUGAGCCACACGUACCGUAGCCGCCUCUCUCUCUCUCUCUCUCUCGCCCUCGGCCCUUCCUCCUCUCCGCCCUCCGCCCUCCCUCCCUCCCUCCCUCCCCCCGCCGGAGCGACCGAGCGCGGACCCUCCCCCCAGUCCUCGGCCCAACGUUCAUGACAGCCUCCACCGCACACCUGUGUCGGAAGGCCUGGCUCGGAGACGUGUUCGCGUGCUACAGCUUGUCACCUCACACGGACACUUGGGUGACGUGACCUCUCGACGCAGGGGGUCCGCUGUGUUAUGUUACAGUCGGGUGUUAGCGAGCGCAGACGAGGCAGUUGGAGCACGCACGAGCCCCACACCGCGGCCGCCGCUCCGGGGACGAGGCCCUUGUGCUCCGAUGGAGGCCGUGUGCGAGCGUGUACGUCGCGUCGCCGUCAUUUGUGAUGACGACCACAUCGUACCUGAUUGUGACGACCACAUGAGCGAAUCACACGACGCCAACGCCCUCCCUUGGGCAUCCGUAUCCGCCGAGCUGGAUAAGUACCUGCCGAGCAUCCCCGAGGCGUCGGUGCAGCCGCGCCGCGACUCGGCCUCACAGAUCGACGAGUUCUUCGAGGGCGAGGUGGACCCCUCGACGGGCGGCUGGGUGGGGCGGCGCGGCGGCACCACCUACGUGUCGCCCGUCAGCCUGCGCGACGCCCACGAGGAGGACGUGUUCAUCAAGCCCGAGCCCAUCCCGGUGGACGCGGCCAAGUUCUCCAUGUGGGAGGACAUGGCGUCGUCCAUCCGCCACCUGGACCCCGAGCCGCCCGAGUCCAGCGCCGGCCUCGUGCUGGCCGCCCAGCGCGCCUACGCGCCCGCGCUCCCGCACCACGCCGCCGCCCAGAUCAAGCUGGAGGAGCCCACGCUGACGCAGUGCCACCUGCCGCCAGAGCUGCCCAAGCUGCUGUCGACGCCGUCGCCGCCGCCGCCCCUCGCGCUGCCACACAGCCGCCUCCCCGGCGUCACCACGCCCACGGCCGCGCACCCCGCCUUCAGGUUCCCCUCCGGCAGCCCCUUGGGGCCGCGGCUGUGCAUGCCGCCCACGCCGCCCGCGUCGGACCACGGCUCGCCCGCCGACCACCACUUCCGCCGCACGCCGCCGCCGCCCUACGUGGUGCCGGCGUCGUCGGCGCCCAGCCCGGGCGUGAGCGGGAACGCCGUCUGCACGACCAGCAUGGGCGGCGGGCGGAUCGUGGGCGGGCCGCCCGUCAUGGUUUCCACGCCCUCGCUGCCGUCCAGCCUCCUGACGGAGGGCACCGUCAAGUACUCGCGGAGGAACAACCCGGAGCUGGAGAAGCGGCGGAUCCACCACUGCGACUUCCCCGGUUGCACCAAAGUGUACACAAAGUCUUCACAUCUCAAGGCUCAUCAGCGAAUCCACACAGGUGAAAAACCUUACCGGUGUCACUGGCCAGAAUGUCAAUGGCGGUUCGCGAGAUCGGACGAGCUCACUCGACACUACCGGAAGCACACGGGAGCCAAGCCCUUCAAGUGCAAGGUGUGCGAGCGCUCCUUCGCCCGCUCCGACCACCUCGCACUCCACAUGAAGCGCCACAUGCCCAAGUCGCAGAAGCAGUGAGUCGAAGCCGGAGUCGGAGCUGGAGUGCGCCGAGCUUGACUUUGGCUUCGGCUUCGUCGGUUUCGUCGCCUGUGUGAAAAAAAUGUUUGUUAUUAUUAUUACUGUUAUUAUUAUUAUUAUCAUUAUUGAUAUCAUCAUCGUCAUUAUUAUUUUUUAUAAAUAAUAUUGCGUAUCCUGCAGUGAAAUGAAAGGUGAAUAUAAAUAUAUUACUGCGAAUUAACCCGUAUGACAAGAAAAAGAAAAAAAAUACAAAUACAAAUAUAAUUCGUAUAUAAAAUCGUAUAUUUUCUCAAUGAAAUCGUAGCUAAGCUAUUGAUUUAACAUUAUAAACGGCAGCCAAUUUUUCAUCCCAGAGAAAAAAAAAAUUAUAUAUAAGAAGAAAAUGUAGAUUUUUUUUUUUACAAUAACAGUGAAUACCUCUACCUGUAAUUGGGCAUAUAUAUUUUACCCCCCCCCCCCCC